AUGUCUACCUAUGAUAAAAUCUUGGAGUUGGCCAGAGAAAUGGAAUUGAAGGGUGAAAAGAAAAGAGAGUUUAUCGAAAGAGAAUUGGAUGAAUUAAAGAAGAAAGAACGUGAAGUAGCGGAACGAGAUGAACGAGCUGCAGAAAGAGCGCAUCAGAAAGAAAUGAAACAAAUAGAGAAAGAAAUGAAGGCGCAAGAAGAUAAAAUAGAAUUGGCUAGACUUGACGCUGCAAAGCACAUUGCCUCAACAUAUAUGUCCCCUAAAGAUAUGGCUAAGCACCUACUCUCCAAUCUCGCCGGUGAACCGCUUAAUAUAAUAGCUACCCUGACACCUGAACAAAAGACUGACUACAAGGCUGUGAAAAACAGACUCCUCGAACACUUUGGCAAAUCCGAGGACCACUACAGAAAACUCUUUCGAGAUUGCAAAAGAAUGGACAGCCAUCCUAAUCACACCAUCGACAGAAGAGACCUUCAAGUAGCUGCCACUAUUAACACUGAUUCAAGCAAGUUCAAGUACAGUAACAAUAAUAAGACCUGCUUUAAUUGCGGCAGAAGUGGCCAUAUAAAGAGCCAGUGUAGAUCAAACAACAGAAGAAAUUUCCAGUAUAGAAGUGGCACAUAUCAGAACAAUAGAUAUGACCACAGAAGAAACAGCAGAGCAACCCAAAGCUACAGUCCUAAUGCCAGAAGAAACAGCAGAGCAACCCAAAGCUACAGCCCUAAUAACAGAAGAAACAGCAGAGCAACCCAGAGUUACAGCCCUAAUGACAGAAGAAAGCAAUACAACACCAUCAAUAACUACAACCUCCAGAACUAUCAAAGAAGACAGCCAUUCAACACCAACAACGACAACAACAACUUUCAGAACAAUUAUAGACAAUCCAGACGUGACGGCUACGUUGAGAUACUAAAAUAA